AUUCAGCUCCGAAUUCUCUCUCAGAACUUAAUUGUCCUAAUGGAUUGGACUCAAUUGGUGCCUUUGACCAUGAAGGUAAAAGUAGUCGCAUCUCUAAUUCGGAAGCUGUUGGUAAUUCUUUCGUCACUUUUGAGGUUUCUGAGACCGAAACAUGUGCAAGCAAUUUAUCAGACGACUUUCAAACAGUUCCAGAAUAUUCAUUGCAUAUUGAUGUUUACGUACCAGCAUCGUUUCCUAGUAAGUUGUGUCGUUAUACAGAUCAGAUUAAACCAGAUAAUUAUGGCGAUAUUGAUUCAAACCUCAUGUCUAAUGUGCACCCGAAUUAUAAAGCAGAUAGUAUUUUAGAAAGUCAUCUUUAUGUCACCCUUCCACCUCAUUCAGACAUCCCCGGAGCUUCACAACCAUCUUACAGCUUCCAGGAAGAAAACACUACUGAUAAUGGACAGAGUUCUCAGCAGGACCAUAUGUAUGUCGAUAACACAGCCCAAACCUUUUCAUCAGAGUUGGAAGUAACUUCAGAUUUAGUUCGUGUAUGCGUUUUCACCAGUGAGUCAAAAGACAACACAAUGUCGUGGCCAAACUCUUCUAGUGAAAGCUAUUCCUAUAAUUCUCACUACUUCAAAGGUGCUCCCAAUUUUUCCAUGAACUCAUCUCUAUGUAUUCAUACCGUGGAACCACACGGAGCCAGUGGAGAAAGUUACGUGAAUGGUUUUACUGUAUACCAAGGCCUUUCAAGCUCCGAUGAACUACUUGAUCAGACUUUUGAAUAUCCAGUCUGUGAUUUCUUUCCCACGGACGGUCAUAGUUAUACUUCCUACGACCAUUCUAAACCAUCUUACUAUAAUUCUUUUUUCGAAGGAUUUAGUAGCGCCAUAGUUUAUCCAGAUUGUGAUCCAAACGGUUAUGAAAGUGAACAGCAUGAUAGUAUAUUCGUCUCCAGCUUUCCAGACUCGUUGGUCACACAAG